AUGGCGCUUAGCAAUGCAACAGCAACAACCCCAGACAGCAGCGACAAAUCCUGGCAAAUGGCACUUGAUCGCCUUGACCCCGAUCUCAAAACAGCCCUCAUCGCGGUGGGCACGCGCAAAGUUGACAUUGUCAGUGCCGUCCUCAGAGCCGCCGAAGCCAGACGCCAGCUCUGUAUUCGCAAGCAGUGGAGAUUUACGGCCCCGAACGGGAAGAUCAUUGUGGUUCGGGACGUGAUUGAGAGGGUCGUGGGCUGGAUUGACAGAUACAAGAGCGUUGGGGAUGUCGCGUCUCAGUAUGACCAGGUCCAUGCGGCAUUACCAUGGGCGGCUUUUCGAUUCCUGCUGCGUGUGGCCACUGGCGAUGUUCAAGCAUUUGGCCUCACGGUAGCCGUCUUGGAAAGAGUGGCGCGGAUUAUGGCUUGGAGCAAACUCAUCGACGAGGAUGCAUUGGUUCUGUUAUUCUCCGACGCUUUAGCGUUGCUAGCCAAGUGUGUCAAGUACUUUGGACGUUCUACCACAGCCCGUACCCUCCUCAGCGCUGGAAAGCUGCCAAUAACCGACAGUGACCUCAAGGUCCUGGAUCGUCGAGAAGAAGAAGUCUUGAGAAUGAUUGCCUUGGUUGAUACUAAAGUCCUGCAUGAGGUUGAUACCAAGAUGAAGGCUCUCACUAACAGCUUGACCGGUUUGGAUGCAAAGCUCAUUCGACUAAUAGAUACAUCUGCAACCACACAAAAGACCUUGAAGGAGGAUGAACUCCAAAGCCUCCUCGGGUGGUUAUCCAUGGUUCCGGUUGCUGGCCACCACAAGGAAGUCUCGGGUAGGCGGCUACCGGGCUCUGCAUCGUGGCUGAUAGACCACCCCGAGUUCAAAGACUGGUUGGCUUCGAGCCCCUCGUCCAUUUUGCUGAUGCACGGGGUUCGAGGAUGCGGUAAAUUCACGGCCUUCUCCGCCGUUGUGGACCACCUCCUCCCGCAAUCCCAUGGACGUAUGAGGACAACCACACCACCCUGCGGGUACUUUUACUGCCAAAGUUUACCCUCCGAGCUCGAUCGAGCUUCUCCAAGCUGCAUUCUCAGGGCCAUAAUUAGGCAGCUGGCCAUAAACCCUGUGGACGGUGCGGUUAACCAAGUGGUGGUAUCAGCUUAUGAAUGGGAAGCCAAAGUGGUCCGGAGAACAAGGGACGAACCAAGCAAACCGACCAGGGAUGAAUGCAUCCGGUUGAUACUGGAUCUGACUUCAGCGAAUCCCGCUUAUAUCUGCAUUGACGCCAUCGACGAGCUGUCAGACGCUGAUCGUGUUUCUUUUGUGGAAGCCCUCCAACGCAUCGUCUCUCAGUCUGCUAACGUGGUCAAAGUGUUCCUCAUCAGUCGUAACAACACUCAACUUCAAGCUCUUUUGAACUCGGAAUCCAAGAUACGAAUUACUCCAGCGACGAGCCGCAGGGAUGUGGAAGCUUUUGUUCGGGCAGAAGUUCUCCUUACCCUAGACCCUGUCGCUAAACGAGUCGGGCGGCAGGUCAUCUCGUGGCUUCUCUUCGCCAGCCGCACCCUCCAGCCCGCGGCGCUCUUCUCGAUUCUCAGACUCGACCCCGAUAUCCAGAUUUCAGAAUCUGACCAGCUCAACAUAGUCGACAUUUGCCACAAUCUUGUCAUGCUAGACCCGGACACAAACGCCCUUUCGUUCUGUCAUUCAUCUGUCCGAGACUUGAUGCAACAGCAAGACAUGUUCUCCCCAGCCGCAGCGCACCAUCUGUUGGCAACAGCUUGCCUCCGCCAGUGCACCGUGGGUCCGAGCCUCUCGCCCUCUAUCCGAGAACCGUCUCCCAUCCAAGACUUCUACCACUACGCGGCUGUCCACUGGCUCGAGCAUCUCCGCAACUCCGAAGCAGGCAGAGACACCCAGCCUGGCCUUGUCUCCCCAGAAGCAAUUCGGUUCAUCUCUGCAGAAAACACUCAUGAACCCAGCCCCGCCUUCAUCGUUUGGCACGAAUGGAGCCGAGAAACCGCCGCCUUCCUCCCGCUCUACCACCCCCUCAAAUACCGGUUCGAGCUCAUUCUCAACGCAUCCUUCUCCACAAUCCACACAGCCUGCGUCUUUGGGAUAUCAACAAUCCUCUCCCAUUUCUUCGCCACACACCCAUCCCCCGCCCUCACCCUCUCCGAGUCCAACUCUAGCCCAGACCGUCACACCCCACUUUACCUGGCAUCCGCCCACGGCCACAGCAAGCUCAUCGACAUCCUUCUCUCCCACGCACCAAACCUCCUCAUCACGUCUCUCUCCAGCCCGUGUGGCGCUUUCGGCACACCGCUCAAUGUCGCCUCGUCCCGUGGACACGUGGGAGCCGUUCGGACCCUGCUGCACCACCUCACAUCAUUACCACCGUCACCGUCACCGUCAUCACCACCACCGCCGCCACUCACCAGUGAGGCUGUUAGGACUUGUUUCACCAGAGCGUACUCACAUGCCUGCCGCGGCGGCUGGGAGGGCGUGGCCAGGCUGAUUGCGGAGGAGAACCACCGUCUUGGGUUGGGAACUAUUUAUGUAGGCACUACCGCAAGCUUGCCAAACUCAACCCCGUGCACGAAUUCGGGCUGA